CAGUGUUCAUCCGCCACAGUCGCCGAAGAGAGUUCAAACGUGCUUGUUGGUUUCCACGGAGCGUAACUUUGCGUUUUUUCUUCAGUGUGAUUUUAUUGGUGCUGAAGAAAAUUUUCUUGUAGGAUUACCAGGAAGGAAAUUCUCGACACCGUUCGGUUCCCAUUAUUUCGGGGUGUGAUAUUUUUCUAGUUCUUCUCGUGUGUUGGGUGUUAAUCUACUAAUCAAAUCAGAAUGCCUGCACCAGCGGAAAAUGGAGCCGGAGUGCCCAAAACAGAGCUGCAAGAACUGCAACUCAAACAGCAACAAGUGGUCGAUGAGUCCCUCGACAGUACGCGCCGAAUGUUGGCGCUAUGCGAAGAGAGCAAGGAAGCCGGGAUUCGAACCCUGGUAGCCCUUGACGAUCAGGGAGAGCAACUGGACCGAAUCGAGGAGGGCAUGGACCAGAUUAACGCCGAUAUGCGAGAAGCAGAAAAGAAUCUCAGCGGCAUGGAAAAAUGUUGCGGCAUCUGUGUACUACCAUGCAAUAAGAGUGCAUCGUUCAAGGAAGAUGAUGGAACAUGGAAAGGUAACGACGACGGUAAAGUUGUGAACAAUCAGCCACAAAGAGUUAUGGACGACCGUAAUGGACUAGGACCUCAAGCGGGUUACAUUGGAAGAAUCACCAACGAUGCCCGCGAAGACGAGAUGGAAGAAAACAUGGGUCAGGUCAACACGAUGAUCGGAAACUUGAGAAACAUGGCACUCGAUAUGGGCUCGGAACUCGAGAACCAGAACAGACAGAUUGAUAGAAUCAAUCGAAAGGGCGAAUCAAACGAGGACAGGAUAAAGGUGGCGAACGAAAAAGCAUCUUCGCUCCUCAAAUGAGCAGGUUACUUGCUACAAACACAUCGUUUUCUACAUGAUCUGUACAUUUUGUAUUUCUGCGUAAGGAUAACUGACGAACUUAGUGUUGUUAUUAUAUUUUGUAAUUGACCGUAUACAGAUAAUUUUAUUGUGAUUUAGUAAUUUUAGUUUACGCUUCUUGAUGAAACAGUUUAAGUUCAGAUAAGAUGGAUUUGAAGCUAUCCAGAAAUGUUGUAUAAGUUACAGGGUGAAUCAAACGAAACCAGGAUAGCAGCCGCCAACGAGCGCGCGCACACUCUGCUCAAAUAAGAUGUUUCCGGUGGAUACUGGACGAGAUCUGUGCGUUCGAGAAAAUCUGGUUAAAACCCUCCUUCCCCCCCAUAUACAAAAAGGACUCAUGGAAGAAAAUGCGACGGCGGCAGAAGCUAUUGUUACAUUAUGGCUAAGUUUGUAUGUAUGAUUGCAAGCGCAUCAAAGAAUGUUUGAAACAUAAAAAAAGAAAGUAAGGUAUUAACCUACAUAAUAUUAUAGGUAUACAGAAAAUCUGUAUUUAUUCUUGUUAUUUGAUUACAGAAGAUAAUGUAUGCAAACUGACUUUAAAAUAAUAAGCAUUAUGUAUUCAAAACCACACAAACACACCAACAUUCACGUUGCUUUGCUUUUGUACGACAGGUUCUGCGUCCUAUGGAUAUGGAAUGCUUACGGUGUUUUGUCAGAAAAACAAUUCUAAACAGUAAGAUUAUGAUUGAAAGGACUGCAACUGCUUUGACCUUUAUUUAUAAUAGUACUGAUAAGUACGAAUUAAUCUCAUUUUAUUGACAACUGACAUUGAAUUUAACAAACAAAACCCAGAACGAAAAUCCUAACAAAGAAAAGUAUGUAAUCUUGUAAAAUUAAACAUAACUCCGCUUGUUAAAAUAUAUAUACCUACAAAAAUUAUCAAGGAAGUAAUAGAAAAUGUAUUUGAAACUUUAAAUGAUACGCAAAACGCAUAAAAAAGAAACAUCCUGAAAAAAGAAAAAUAAUGGAACGUUUUUGCUGAAUUGUUUUGUUUUGUUCAACGUUUUCGGACGAGAGUUAUACUGUUAUGAAGACAUGUAUUAUUGAUUAAGCUUACAGGUAAGAUAGAGGAGCUAGCAUCAAAAAUCGUAUAUAACGGAGAUAGAAAAAUGAAAUUAGAGAAUGAAUUGAUUCUUAAAAAAAAAACAAAAAAACCAAAUGUGAUCUCAGAGGAUCUACGAAGCAAUUUUUGGAAGUCGCAAUUUCUAUUUAAAAAAAUAUCCAGGUGCCAAGUGACGAACUCACCAACAACUUGUUCGAAUUCAAUGUUCUACUCGUCAGUAGCGUUUCGAUGCAUAACUUGUCUGUUGGAAUCUGGUAAUGUGAUAAAGCUUGGAUAAAGUUAAAAGCAUUAUCUAUUGACAUCGAAGAAUCUCUGACUUAUCUAUCCCGUAAAACAAAGUUUAUCUCUGUGUGUGCCAUUUUCAGAUCUAAAUGGAAAAGGUAAUUUAAUUGAAAAGACUUAUUUUUUGCAAUAAGUUUGGGACCAAAGUAUUACUUGAAAAAAAUUAGAACCCUCUCGAUAUGUCAAUUGAACAUAUCCUGCAGGAAGUUUUGCUUUUUAAUAUCUAAAGGCAACACAAAUCUAUGUUGUACGUAAAUAAGUGUGAUCGAUUUCUUACAUAGCACAUGAUGUUAGCUCUUCCCUAGAUCUAGAGUCGUGUUCACAUAAGGCGGUUGCUGCAGAGUGUCUCAUAUAUUCUUUUUACUCUAUGCACUUUCCUAGGCUUGAGAUACUUUGCAACGACUGAAGUUGGCUAUCACGUCGCUUUAAGACUAGACUUAGCACAUUCAUAAACAUAUUUGAAUACCUUGUUGAUAUUUUUUAACACAAGCAAAGCAUGUUACAUAAUUUUAUUGCCGUUACUUCAAAACAUUUCGUCUGUUCUGCCGGUGAGUCGUUCGUAUAAAUAUUUCAACGCCGGACACUGCUGCCGGCUGCAACAAAAAUCAUAAAUUUUCUUGAAUUUCUAUUCAUUGAGGUUGUAGUGAAAGUACAAGUCGAAACAAAAAUUUGUUGAUGCUCGAUGGAUAUUCGAAAUAACUCAUUGUUGAUUAGAAGUUCAAAUAGGCUUCCCAUCCAUAUGCAUAAGCAGAAAAAUGUCAUUAUGGAAGUCUUUUUUCAAUCUCUGUCUAUUAAAAUAACUAGUAACAUGCAUAACAUAAUUUGUACUAUCCGCUUAGGCAAUUUCUUUUGCACUUUGAGAACAAAAAUGAUAUACAAUGAUGAAAAUUUAAAAACAACAUGACUCCCGAAUAUUUAUGAAACUUGAACUGCAACACUUAUUUUAUUGACCCACAGGGUGGUAUCUUAAAUAGAAAAUCCUAUAAAAUCUCACCGCAAACGAUCACAAAUAACAAAAUUGUACAACAACUUUGUCAAUGACUACCUAUUGAUGUGCGUGUGUACAAUUAAAGUUGAAUAAUGUUUCUGAAGCACAUUUUUCCGUUUUGCGUUGUAUUGAACAGAAGAAAACAAAAGCAAUGGUUAGCAAAAAAAAAUAAGAUUAAAUCAGAUAGGUCUUCAUAACAAGAUAAGCUUAUCAGUAGAUUGCUUUCAAAUCUGGAUCACCAAACGGUAGAAACACGAAUAGGAUAACGGCAUGUUUGACAAAACUUUCAGUUGUGACAAAGUGAUAAAAAUAUUGUAGGUACAUGAUGAGGCUUUUAACAAAAUAUUUCUGCUGAAAAAAAACCCACAGAAUAUUAGUAAAUAAAAGCAGCAUCUGGAUGUGUUUCAACAAUAGAAUUAUCUCUCUUUAUUUCAUUAGAUUUAGUUAUAAAAUAUAUUGUAUGGGUUGACUGUCUUUUGCUCAGCAAACUAACACUCUACUGAAUACCAAAACUAACAGUCAUGGGAAUUGCAUUUUUGUUUAAUCUUAGUAAUUUUUCGAGACAAUCUGUAAAUGUUAUUCUGUUUUGAGGGAAAUGGUUAUUUCUAUAUUAUUUGUUUAAUUUUUAUUUAUUUUUUUUAAGGGUGACGACAAUACAAAUAGGCUUGAAGAAGCAAGUAAAAGGACUGGUCAAUUGCUGCGAAGCUAACCUUGAUGAUUUAUUCACUUCAAAUCACUUUAAUUGUUUCGAUCGGAUUCUAUUUCCACUCUUCUCAAAAUACAUAAUACAAACAGCAAAGAAUAUGCAAGGGAAUCCUAUGACCAACAUAAGAAAAGCAGAAAGCAUACCAAUGGCUGUUUCCGGAAAAGGCGUAUAACUGUACUAUGGCGAUUCACGGACAAUUGAUAAAUCAUCUUUUAACUUAAAGCAAACCUGAAAGGCAUUUGUGAUUUUAUGAUUUGCCGCUGCGAAAAUUUGUAUAUACACAAAACCUUGAUAAUGAACGUUUUAAGUUAAGAUAAGUUGAUAGACUUUUUAAGCCCCGCUCCAAACUUGAUAGUUUUUAAAGUCCCUAUAUAGCGAUUUUCUGAAAUACCUUUGAAUGCAUUUCUUGAUUCCAAACAAAUAUUAGAAAAAUUAAUGCAAUCAUAUCACCUAAAAAAUAUGAAAGGGUAAAGAGUACGUUUGAAUCUUAUUAAUACAACUUGUAUAUUGGAGUACAGUAACUAAAGACGAUGGCAUGGGAAGGCUUCGUACUACUGAUGAGGAUUGUUUCAACUCCAUUCCCACGGAACACUAUUUACUCACAGUUUUACAAGAAAUAUCCUUCUGUCAUCGCCAUUUCUUUCCGAAGGGGAAAAAUAAAUAUAAAAUAACUUAUCUUAUAUCAUAGCACAUCACAGGAUUUUGUCACCAAUGUCAGCGUUUUGAAUGAAACAACAGCUAACAUCCACACUUUAACACAUUUUUCGUCAUAUUGUAUUUUGCGCUAAGCAAUAAAUAAAUGAAAAAAAUGUUUAAAAAACCGAUUGUGAUAUACACGCGCACCCAUUUAAACGAAACACUUCACCCGGUAUUCUGGCAAGUUUCUCACGAGCAUUUUUCAAAAUUUUUAUUUUGCUUACGUAUUCAUCAAACCAAGGUGUAUUUGCUUCGUUUAGGCAUGAUUCGAACGAUAAACAUGUUACGACAACCUUUGUAGGAUUUAAAAAAUUAAAUUUAAAUUCGUUAUGAAAAUUUUCUUUGAAAUCAGUACAUUCUCCUGUUCAAGUGAAUUAAAAAAAACUCUACGUCAGAAAAUUUCGAUAAAUCUUAGGAACAUAAAACAGAGGAUGUUUUCUUUUUUACGCGUAUUCCAACAAAUAUCAUGAGAUAAUUUAUUUAGUCAACGAAGAAGUAUUUCAAUUAUAUUCUAUACUAUUCUCAUCCAUAAAAAAAAAAGUUAAGAAAAACCUUUUUUUCCUAGUGGAGAAUUCGUGUGCUCGUUGAAAAUACCUUUCAGUUUGGUUUAUUGAUAAUUAUGUUACAACUUAUUCAACUGAAACUUUUCUCCUACAAUGGCUGUCUUAAAUAUGUAUGAAAUUACAAAAAAACACAGUUGCACUUAACAUUGCCUCAAAACAUUCAAUUUGUUGCACAUUUUCUUUUUUUGAAUUCACAAUUCAAAACUGAUAACAAUAAUAGUGAUAACCCACCAAGAUAUAACAUAUUUUACUGUAUUCAAAUGAAUGCAUAUCUUCUCCUUCCUGCUUCUCUUGUGCUAUUUUUUUUAAAUUCCAAUUUAAGAUUAAGUUUAUACUAUUCUUAGCUUUGCUUUACUCCAUCUAAAACAUAGUUUGGAAAUGACAACACGUAUAAAAGUUUUUUCGAAAACACUGAAAACUCACCGUGGAAGAACAUCAUUCUCAUUAACCAAAAUGUUACACUUUAACAGCACAUGCAAGCUAAAAAUCAUGUGUCAAAAAAAAUUGAGAUAAUAGCACCUGGCGCUGAAAUUAUUUAUUAUGUUCAAAAAAACUUUUUAAACAUACAAAAAAAAUCUAGAACUACCACCAGCAAUAGGGAGAAAUCAAACUUAACAAUUCUUGAGGAUAGAAGUAACUUAAAAAUCAAAGAUCAACCAAUUUAAAUGAACCAUUAGUGGAUAGCAGUCUACAUUAAAACGAGGAUAUCUAAUGCUUUAAGGUAAAUUCAUCUAUCGUUGUAUUUUAAACUCUAUGUGUGUUGAAGCAAGUAAAUCCGGGCGUGUGAUUGAUCAAAUUCGGUAUUUGGGAAUUCAUGAAAAUUUAAAUUGUAUCCUUUUGAACUUUAUUUUUGUCAAAUUAAAUCUCCUAUUCAGAUACUUUCCUAGAUACGGCGGGUUCUUACUUAGUUGCCCUUAUAUAUUUAAUCAGUAUAAGUGCUAAUAGUUGCAAUUAGUCUCUUUAAAACUAAGCAACUAUCAUGCAUGCAUCGCAAUGAUCAGUGUCUAAAAUCUAUAUCCCUUGAAGCUUCUAAAACUUGAACAAAGAAAAUAUUGAAAUGGUAUGAACAAGGUAAAUUUCCAUCCACCAAUCUUAACAGAAAAUUGUGAUCGAUUCAACUUCCUAUCAACAACCACUCUUGUGUAUGAUCAAUCAUAUUUCAAACCACCAGCAUAAUGGAACAAAGCGUGAAAUAGAGAAAAAAAACAAGUCAGGAUUCAAAUAAAUACAGAAGUUAUUUAACCAACGAGAUAUAUGCUAAAUAAAAGAAAACAAGCGAACGAACACUAAUGACAAGUUGCAAUUUGCCUUUGAAUAUACGUUCUAAUUUGAUCGUUGUCAUUUUUUUUAUUGUAUUUAUUGUAUGAGAUUUGUACCAUCUAAGUGUUUUCGGUUAUUGAGUUUUUUUUUUAGCUGAAAAAUAGAAUCUUGUGUUUGAUGUUUUUCAAAAUUAGUUUACUGUUACUUACUAUUGUCGAACGGAGCGAUAAAAAAGGCAAUUUUAAGACAAAACAAAAAAAAAUUAUCAAAUAAUAUUAGAUUAGUUAUACUAUUACUACGGUUAAUAUUUUUCAAAUGUAUUAAUAAUAAAGUAUCUUAAAGUAACCAGA